AUGUUUUUCUGUUGGAGAGACAAUUGUUCGGAUGCUAAUUUCUCUAAACCUCUGCCAAUCUUUACAGCUAAAUGGUCAGGAGCGGCAUCAAAACAUGAACCGCUCGUUCGGGUUGACGCUGCAUUCAAUUAUAUAUUGAUCCAUCCUCGUGUUUUCAUCAUCAAUGAGGGCCAGUUAAAUUUAACUGAAAGAACAACAUGGACUACAGCGAGAAAUGUAUUGUUUGAAAGAGCUCUUGCGGAAGAGCAUCAUCAAGGCUGGCAUUGGGCUUAUUAUAAUUUUUGUGAUGGUGAUAUUCGAACCGCCUGUCCCCUUGCUAAAAGCUUAUUAAAUACUAGUCAUGUUGAUGAAGAUGGACUUAUUAUCGCUGUGCAUUUUCGUUCACUUAUCAGCAUUCAACAACAUCUGACCAAUAAGGCAAAAACUAAUCAAUGUUUUAUACUUAUGGAUGCUUUUCUUCUUUCCGUUUCACCAGCAAUCGGUGUUGUCGCAGGUACGGGAGCGCCGAUUCUUUUUGAUGGUCUUCUUACGCAAAUUGUCUAUCAUAUCGAUGCAAUAUUUAAUGCAUUUCAUCGUGAUGCUCUUUCUUUUAUUCUUCCUUAUUGCUCUCGAUAUGAUAAACGUAGUUGGUGUUCGAGUCAAGCGAUACUUGUCUUUCGAUCCUUGUGUCUUUAUGGACAUGUUAUUCAAUUUAAUGGUGUUCAUAUUACUGCACAAAAACAUCGCGAGUAUCCUCGUAAUGGUGACCCAUGGCAAAUAGAUGGGGACAUAAAUUUGGUACCACGGUCACUUACUUCCUUACAAACUUAUAUGAAAUCAGAACGCAUUGUGAGUGCUCUUAUUCUUCGACAUUAUGGUGGAUGGUCACUGGCAGCAACAAGUGAUGAAUGUCGCCAUCGACAUACUUCCGUCAAUCCUGUUAAUUGCACUGUGAGUGGUGGAAAAAUUAGACAAAAAUCCUGA